AUGCUUUUGAUAUCAAUCCUUAUUUUAUGUGAUAAUACAUAAGAUAAAAAAAAGCUGGAAUCUCAUAUCCUUAGUAACUUGAUAAUAGCUAGAGAUAGGCAGCACAAUAGAAUCUAUCAUAAAGUCAGCUAUGAUAGUUUAGUAAAGUAAGAAAAGAAUUAGUACAUCAGAUGGCAGUAAGAACAAGAAAGAAUCAAGCAGGAGAUUAUUCAGAACGCCAAGAGUAAAAAGAAAGAUAAAUCUUAAACCACUCAGAAACCUAACGAAAUCUUUUUCCCCGAGGAUCAAAUGAAAAGACAACAGUAAAGUGCAAAUAUGCCAAAGGCUACUAAAAAUGAGAUAACACAAACUAAGAAGGCGAGGAAAGAUCCUCAAGUUGACCAGGAAAUAUUGUUUUAACUCUCAUAAAAUAUUACCUAAAUGCUCCAAGAGAAACUACAUAGCAUGACUUAAGAAGAUUUGGAAUUCUUAAUAAAAAGAGGGUAUAUUGAUGAAACUUAGGCAUUGAUGCUCUUCGAAAUAUUCUUUAACAAAUAGUCAAACAAUUCAUCAAUCACUAACGGAGUUUAUACCUUGCAAAAUGAUUUGAUGGUCGGCGGAUAUGUGCCAUUAGUGUAUUGCAUGCAUUUUGGAUUCUUGAUAUUGACAUUUGCAAUCUCUAUGGUACAUAAGCAUUUCACCUUAAGGGUUCAUGUGGCUUUGUUUCUUUUGGUCAAAUUAGUAGAAAUUAUCUACUUCUACUUCUUCGCCUUAUAUUUGCAAAACUCUGGAUGCACAUACUUUUCAAUAGUAGUUCACAUAAUCUUUGACCUAACGAUUUACAACUUGCUUCUGGACAUCCUCUCUUUCUUGUCUUUUUAACAAGAAGAGUUUGAAUUCAAUUUUAGCACUGGAGGAUCUAAAGAUAAGCUAAAAAGUAAAAUAGUUUUUAAUUUCACCUUGCUUUCGAUCUCCUAUAUAUCUUGUAUCCAGUUUACAUCACUCCUUGCAAGCUUUUUCUUGUAUUGGUAUGCAAUCUUCUUGUUUUAUAGAAUGGUUGCCUACAUAUUUGAAUUAGUCAAAGAACAAGAUGCAAGUAAAAAGGAAGAUUAGAACAAAAAGACAAAGUGA